CUGAGCUGCUGAUCGAUGACGCGCCAUCACCCCACGCGCCGCCUCGCGCGCCCAUUGGCUGAGAUGAGCCUGGUCCCAUUGACAACAAACAAGGGGGCGCGCGGCCUGGGGGCGUGGCCGCAGGGGGCGCGGGCUGGGGCGGGGGAAUCCCGCCCCGCCCUUUCCGCGCGGCGCCAGGGCGCAACGCAAACAUGGCGGCCGCUGGCAUCCGCCGGUGAGGCGAUACCGGACGGGGGUUGUCGGGUGUCAUGGGCGGUGGCGACGGCACCGCCCCCGCGUCUCCCUGAGCGGGACGGCAGGGGGGCUUCUGCGCUGAGCCGGGCGAUGGACGAGAGCGGCGAGCUGGGCGGUCUGGAGACCAUGGAGACCCUUACGGAGCUGGGCGACGAGCUGACCCUGGGGGACAUCGACGAGAUGCUGCAAUUUGUCAGUAAUCAAGUGGGAGAGUUCCCUGACCUGUUUUCAGAGCAGCUGUGUAGCUCCUUUCCUGGCAGUGGUGGUAAUGGCGGUAGCAGUGGCGGCAGCAGCGGCGGCGGCGGCGGCGGCGGCGGCGGCGGCAGCAGCAGCAAUGGCAGGGGCAGCAGCGGCGGAGCUGUGGACCCUGCAAUGCCAAGGUCAUUCAGCCAGGUCCCAUUACCUUCUUUCUCACCCUCAGCGGCUUCCCCACAGGCUCCAGCCCUGCAGGUCAAGGUCUCUCCCACCUCAGUUUCCACCACACCCAGGGCCACUCCUAUUCUUCAGCCCCGCCCCCAGCCCCAGCCUCAACCUCAAGCUCAGCUGCAACAACAGACGGUAAUGAUUACCCCAACAUUCAGCACCACUCCGCAGACGAGGAUUAUCCAGCAGCCUUUGAUAUACCAGAAUGCAGCUACCAGCUUUCAAGUCCUUCAGCCUCAAGUCCAAAGCUUGGUGACGUCCUCCCAGGUACAGCCGGUCACCAUUCAGCAGCAGGUGCAGACAGUACAGGCCCAGCGGGUGCUGACACAGACUGCCAAUGGCACACUGCAGACCCUUGCCCCGGCCACAGUGCAGACAGUUGCUGCGCCACAGGUGCAGCAGGUCCCGGUCCUGGUCCAGCCUCAGAUCAUCAAGACAGAUUCCCUUGUUUUGACCACACUGAAGACAGAUGGCAGCCCUGUCAUGGCUGCGGUCCAGAACCCGGCUCUCACCGCCCUCACCACCCCUAUCCAGACGGCUGCCCUUCAAGUACCAACCCUGGUGGGCAGCAAUGGGACCAUUCUGACCACAAUGCCUGUAAUGAUGGGGCAAGAGAAAGUGCCCAUUAAGCAGGUACCUGGGGGAGUCAAGCAGCUUGAGCCCCCCAAAGAAGGAGAAAGGCGGACAACCCACAAUAUCAUUGAGAAACGAUAUCGCUCCUCCAUCAAUGACAAAAUCAUCGAAUUGAAAGAUCUGGUCAUGGGGACAGAUGCCAAGAUGCACAAGUCUGGGGUUCUGAGGAAGGCCAUUGAUUACAUCAAAUACUUGCAGCAGGUCAAUCAUAAACUGCGCCAGGAGAACAUGGUGCUGAAGCUGGCAAAUCAAAAGAACAAGCUUCUAAAGGGCAUCGACCUAGGCAGUCUGGUGGACAGUGAGGUGGAUCUGAAGAUCGAGGACUUUAAUCAGAAUGUCCUUCUGAUGUCGCCCCCAGCCUCUGACUCAGGGUCCCAGGCUGGCUUCUCUCCCUACUCCAUUGACUCUGAGCCAGGAAGCCCUCUUUUGGAUGAUGCGAAGGUCAAAGAUGAGCCGGACUCUCCUCCUGUGGCACUGGGCAUGGUAGACCGCUCACGGAUUCUUCUGUGUGUCCUCACCUUCCUGUGCCUCUCCUUUAACCCCCUGACCUCCCUGCUACAGUGGGGAGGGGCCCACGACUCUGACCAGCACCCAAACUCAGGCUCUGGCCGCAGUGUCCUGUCAUUCGAGUCAGGUUCUGGGGGCUGGUUUGACUGGAUGAUGCCUACUCUUCUCUUAUGGCUGGUAAAUGGUGUGAUUGUCCUGAGCGUCUUUGUGAAGCUGCUGGUCCAUGGGGAGCCAGUGAUCCGGCCACACUCUCGCUCUUCAGUCACCUUCUGGAGGCACCGGAAACAGGCAGACCUGGAUCUCUCCAGAGGAGAUUUUGCAGCUGCUGCCGCCAACCUGCAAACCUGCCUGGCAGUUUUGGGCCGGGCACUGCCCACCUCCCGCCUGGACCUGGCCUGCAGCCUCUCCUGGAACGUGAUCCGCUACAGCCUGCAGAAGCUACGCCUGGUGCGCUGGCUGCUCAGGAAAGUUUUCCAGCGCCGGCGGGCCACACCAGCGACCGAGGCAGGCUUUGAGGACCAAGCUAAGACUAGUGCCCGCGAUGCAGCUCUGGCCUAUCACCGGUUGCACCAACUGCACAUCACAGGGAAGCUUCCUGCAGGAUCUGCCUGUUCAGAUGUACACAUGGCAUUAUGUGCCGUAAACCUGGCUGAAUGUGCAGAGGAGAAGAUCCCACCAAGCAUGCUGGUUGAGAUCCACCUGACUGCUGCCAUGGGGCUCAAGACCCGGUGUGGAGGCAAGCUGGGCUUCUUGGCGAGCUACUUCCUCAGCCGAGCCCAGAGCCUGUGUGGCCCCGAGCCCAGCGCUGUUCCUGACUCCCUGCGUUGGCUCUGCCACCCCCUGGGCCAGAAGUUUUUCAUGGAGCGGAGCUGGUCUGUGAAGUCAGCUGCCAAGGAGAGUCUGUACUGUGCCCAGAGGAACCCAGCCGAUCCCAUUGCCCAGGUCCACCAGGCCUUCUGCAAGAAUCUGCUGGAGCGAGCUAUAGAGUCCUUGGUAAAACCUCAGGCCAAGAAGAAGGCUGCAGACCAGGACGAGGAAAGCUGUGAAUUCUCCAGUGCUCUGGAGUACCUGAAAUUACUUCAUUCUUUUGUGGACUCUGUGGGGAUUGUGAGCCCCCCACUCUCCAGCAGCUCCGUGCUCAAAUCUGCCCUGGGUCCAGACAUCAUCUGUCGGUGGUGGACGUCUGCAAUCACUGUGGCCAUCAGCUGGCUCCAGGGAGAUGAUGCAGCUGUGCGCUUUUAUUUUACCAAAGUAGAACGCGUCCCCAAGGCCCUGGAAGCAACAGAGAGCCCCCUGGUGAAGGCCGUCUUCCAUGCCUGCAGAGCCAUGCAUGCCUCACUCUCUGGGAAAGCAGAUGGGCAGCAGAGUUCCUUCUGCCAUUGCGAGAGGGCCAGUGGCCACCUAUGGAGCAGCCUCAAUGUCAGCGGGGCCACCUCUGACCCUGCCCUCAACCACGUGGUCCAGCUACUUACCUGUGACCUGUUACUGUCGCUGCGGACAGUGCUCUGGCAAAAGCAGGCCAGUGCCAGCCAGGCCAUUGGGGAGACCUACCACGCAUCAGGCGCUGAACUGGCAGGCUUCCAGCGGGACCUGGGCAGCCUGCGCAGGCUGGCACACAGCUUCCGCCCAGCGUACCGCAAGGUCUUCCUGCAUGAAGCGACUGUGCGCCUGAUGGCAGGAGCCAGUCCCACCCGCACCCACCAGCUGCUGGAACACAGUCUGCGGCGGCGCACCACACAGAGCUCGAAGCACGGAGAGGUGGAUGCCUGGCCCGGCCAGCGAGAGCGGGCCACUGCCAUCCUGCUGGCCUGCCGCCACCUUCCCCUCUCCUUUCUAUCCUCCCCGGGCCAGCGGGCAGUGCUGCUGGCCGAGGCUGCCCGCACCCUGGAGAAGGUGGGUGACCGGCGCUCCUGCAAUGACUGCCAGCAGAUGAUUGUCAAGCUGGGUGGUGGCACUGCCAUUGCCGCCUCCUGACCACCAGGCUCAGCUCGCCCCUCCACCUCUCUCGGUUCCUCUCUCCCCCCACAGCAUCCUCCUGCUGAGAGUGGUAGGGAGGAGCCUUGUCUUCCUAGCUGUCAUCUGCCGAGGCUUCUGAGCCACCUCAGGCCAGUGGGCCCCUGGACAGAGCCCCUUAAAGCUGCUGUCACUAGAUGCCCAUGGUCCAGGGUCUGGUGGGCAUGAGAGGAAAGGUGGCAGGGUAGAAACUGGUUCUUAAAAGCAGCAGGGGGAGCUCCCAAGCUGCCAAGCCCCCUGCCUUCAGCCUUCCUGACUUUCUCCUGAACCUCACUCUCUCCUUUUUGCUUCCUCAGUUUUUAUCAGGCUUUCUCUGGGAGACAGCAGUCUCUCAGCACCAGGGAGCAGCUGCCCUCAGGCCUGUGCCUGGCAUGCCCUCCCCGCUUUUUAUACGAAUGUUUUCUAUCAGCGUGCUUGGGUUUGCCAUGAUGUGAGGCUGAGUUGCCGUAGCAUCUUGAUUCUCUCCCUGGGUCUGCGUUCCCUCCCCUGUGCCUGACUGAGCCCACUCAUUGUCUUUCCCUUUAUUACAUAGGACAGCCAGGGGAGGAGGGGACCCCAGCCCUGGGAGGCUGGUGGGAGGCAGGGAGCAUGCCUGCGGAUGGAUGAAAUUAUGUUGGCAUUAUUUUUUAAUUUUUUAAGAAAUAAAUGGUAUCUUAUUUAA